AUGGCACUUUGGGGACGAGUCAUCGGAUUCGUUUCUAAGUUUGAACAGGACAUAGAUGCAGAGUUUGCAAGAAAUCCUCAAGCUCCUCCGAAAGAACAAGAAGAAAGCAUUCAAAUUGAGGACAUUUCAGACAAUGAUAUUUCUCAUGUUAAUUUCAAAGAGAAUGAGAGCGAUGAAAAUAAGAAAAAGCUAUUAAUAGAGAGUAUUCAAUGUGCUGUUAAACAAAUAGAAGAACUUAAUUCUCAACAGGUUAAAUUAAUCGCACUAAAACAAGAAAUGGGAACAGAUGGAGAGCGCUGUCUUACUGAAUAUGAAAAGCGUAAAGAGGAAUUUCAAAAUCAAAUUAACCAAAUUGCAAAUACAGAAAAAUCUCUUAAAGAAGAAAUUGAACAGCUAAUGCCUCAUCAAUCUGAACUCACUAAUGUACAAACAGAAAAAGAACUUGUUACAAAUCAAGCAAACGAAUUCCAAAGUUUUUAUUUAAAAAUUCAACAAGACGAAAUCGAAGCAAUGGCAAAAUUAUCAUCGACCACAAACAAACUAUCAGAUUUAGAACAAGAAAUUAUAAGAAAUACAGCUUUACUUGAGAAAUACAAAUCUGAUGAACAAAAAAUCAACAAAAAAAUACCAAUCAUUACAGAAAGAAUUAAGCCAUUGGUAGAAGAAAAUGAACGCUUAUCGAAUGAAUGCGGAAUCCUCUCAAUAAACCUAAGAAAAGAACAAACAACAAAAACAAAUUUUCUUGCACAACAAGCUAACCUACAUGAGAGGAUAAAUGGACUGAAAAAUAAAAUAUCUGAUUCAAACAAAGCAGCAGAACAAGUCAGAAUCGAUAAAAUUCAACAAAAAGCCAUUGCUAUGAAAGAAUUUACAUCGAAAAAGAUAAGUCAGAUCAAUAAAGAUAAAGAAGAAUUAUUACAACAGAUUGCCGAUCUCCAGGAGUUCAAAUCAAAUCAAAAAGACGAAUUUGAAUAUGAAUCAAGUAGAUUCAAAGCUUUACUUGAUGUUUCUAGGAUAGAAAACCAACAACUAAAUGUAAGGAUGGAUUCCCUUAGGAAAUCUCUUAAAGAUAUCACUCGCCCGCUGAGAGAACAAAUUGAUUCCCUCAAACUCACAAUAGAAUCGAGUGAAAACAACUGGAACUCGUUCUCUCUACGUGUGAAACAGGAGAUAGCCGAAAAUAACGCAAAAAUUGAAAAUUUUGUGGAACAAUCUGACAAAAUUUCUCAAAAUUUGAAGGAAGAGAAGGAUGCAACAGAAGAAACAAAGGAUAAAAUACAGAAUUUACAGAACAAAAUUGAAGAUCUCAAAAAGAAAUAUUCAAAUGAAGUUAUUCAAUCAGCGCAAAGGAAACUUGAGGAGGCAAAGCAAUUAACAGCCGCAAAACAAAACGAAUUAACUAAGAAACAACUCAGUUUCCAUGAAUAUUCUCAGAAAUUAAAUUCAUUGGCGAGAAAGAAAUCCGAAAUGCGCUCUGACCUCGAGAAACGACUUAAAUCAGCGAAUGAUAUUAUUGAACAAGGCAAAAAACCAUCAACAUUCAUCAAAUGGAAGAAAUUGACAAAACAAUUAACUGAUUUAGAAAAAGAAGAGAUCCAGCUUCGCAAUGAAAUAAAGCAGAAUGACCAAAUCAAUAUUUUAUUCGAACAAAGCGUUGAAAUCAUCUCUGAACGUCAAGAACAAGUUGAUUCCGUUCGCAGAACUAUUCAACAAGAGAAGGACAACUUCCAGAAGCAAUUACUUCAACUUUGUAACUAA